UGGGAGUGUCAUGUUUCCAGCCCGAGACUGCCUCUCAGUUUUUCGCCGCUAAUCAUUAACUUUCUCCUGAGGCUUUUCCCCAUUUUAGAGGUGAAGUGAACUGACAGGUAACUCUUAAUAGUUGUCAUGUGUCCUGGAAGGUUAAGUAAAGGAAUCCUUGAGCACCUGGAUGCUGCUGUCGACCUGUACGUUUCUUAAGGUUUUCCUCAUCUAUGAAUAAAUAAACAAAAGUAUUUGCCAUGAACACCAGCCGCCAGCAGCCUUCAGUCCAAGUUGGUGAAAACAAAUACAUUUCCAGAGCUGAGUUUUCAUCAUUGCUAAAAACGUACAACUGUUUUUAUGAAGAUAAGAAGAAUUUGGAGCUGAAGGUUCAUGAGGACAAAGGAAAAAUAGUCAUAGAGGGGCUAUUAGAUAUUUCAUGGGGUAUACACCAGCCAAUAAGAUUACAAAUUGAUGACGAGAAAUUAUCAGCAUCACCCAGCCCGUUGCAACCUCCAACAGAACCCUUCAACAAGGCAAGUGGAAUGACUCGAUGGGGCGAGUUUGAUGAUCUGUGCAAAAUUGUUGAACAGGAAGAAGAACACGAACCUUUGGAAACAGAGAAAAUCCAAGACAUGGUGUAUGAGAGUAGUACGUUAAAGCCGAAACGCUAUCGAGAACCAGAAAAUUUCAACUUAAUACGUUCCAUGAGCGAAGUAGCGUUGGUGAAGAUGAGAGUGAAGAGCCAAGCCAAACUUGCAGCACAGAAAGCUCAGCGCCAUAGGUUUUCAAUUAACGGACACUUCUACAACUAUAAGACAGCUGUCUUCACGCCAACCUAUGGCUCUGUGACCAAUGUAAGAAUCAACAGCACAAUGACAACCCAGGAAGUAAUAGAGCAACUUCUACAGAAAUUUAAGAUAGAAAAUGAUCCUAAUGAGUUUGCACUGUAUGUCGUUCAUGCCACGGAAGAAAAGAAAAGGCUUAAUGAUACAGCAUUCCCACUCUGGGAAAGGCUGCUUCAUGGACCAUCAGGGAAAAUUGUGAAAAUAUUCCUAAUGGACAAGGGUGCAGAAGAAAUUAGCAAUGCUGUGGCUCAGUAUAUCAAGUUUGAACCCCCACUUCUGGAAGUAAUUCUACAGAAACUAAAUGAGGAGGAGGACAAAUACAUUAGCAAUAUAGUUUUCAAGUACAAAAGAGAAAAAAGAUUUUUAGUGCAGCAACUGCGGACACGGUUGAUGGUAAGGGCUGAAACCAGCGUUUAAAACCAGGACGUUCAAUACAGGAUCCAGUCUAUCUGAAGGCAUUAAUCAGUGAUCAUAUAAGUCUGCAGUAGUAUCCCAUUCCACUACUAGGAUCUUACUGUUGUACUUUCUAUUCCCAUUUUAUUUCCCUCUCCCUUCAAAUUAUACAAUUGUAAAAUAUUGUACUCUGUAACCCUUCUGUUUAAUUGCACAUUUCUGUUUUUGUUCACUGGAUAUACAGUAAUUUGAUUGUGUAGUUUUAUAUAAAGCUUGAGAUUUGCAUCACAAUGAACAUUGUAAAUACAAUGAUGUGGAACUGUUGAGUUCCCGACACGUCCUGCUAGUUAUCGUUCACUGAAUUGUUCCCAUGUAAAGAGUUGUAACUUGAUUUGAGUUAUAAUAAUCCUCUCAUUAUAUUAUUUUACUGUACGGUGAGUAGUUUGAUGUUUUAUCAAGCUCGAGAAACACUGCGUCUUUGUUAACAAAAACAGAAGUCGCUGGGAACACUCAGCAGGUUCAGGCAGUAUCUAUGGAGAGAGGAAAGUGAGUUAACGUUUCAGGUCGAUGAACACAAGCUUUGAAUUUAUGGAACGAGUCCUAUAGUAGUUAGAGCACUCGCCUCACAAGCAAGAGGACCUGGG